AGAGACCCCGGGAGAGCUCCAGCGCAGGCGUGGCGACGACGGGAUCCGACGGUUUGGAAUCUGGCUGACGCAGGUGGCAGUGUACCUUGCUUUAUAUUCACUUUUAGAAUUGAAUCCAAAUCUCAAUUCCUAUUCCAUUCAAACCUCACGUUGUAGAGUAAUCAAAUCUUUGGAAUCAUCACUGAUCAGAUUGCAUAACAGACCUCCGAAACAUCCCAUCUAAUCACCUUCCCAUUACAACCAGCCCAGUGCACCAAGAAAACCACCACCCCUCGCAAUACCGCCCAAAAAUCACGAUUACCCCCAAACGCAAACCCCACCAAAAGCUCCAGCAGCUGCCCCUCCUCACCCUCGCCGCCCUCGGCCUAUUUCUCAUCCUCCUCUUCACCAUCGCAACCUCCCUCCCACAACACCACCCCCAAACAAUGAUCUCGUCCCUCCUCACCCGCCUAACCCGCCCCUUCACAACCACAACAACAAUGUCCCUCACACCCCCCGCCCCAACCCCUCUCCCCGAAGGCGCCCAAAAAGCCACCAUCGCAGCAGGCUGCUUCUGGGGCGUAGAACACCUCUACCGCAAAACCUUUGCCAACAAGGGCCUACUCGACGCCCGCGUCGGCUACAUCGGCGGCGACCUCACCAACCCGACCUACCGCGCCGUCUGCGGCGGCGACACGGGCCACGCCGAGGCCCUGCAGGUCGUCUUCCGCCCAGAGGAAGUGAGCUACCGCCAGCUCCUCGAGUUCUUUUACAGGAUGCACGAUCCGACGACGAUGAAUCGCCAGGGCCCGGAUACGGGACCGCAAUACAGGAGUGCGAUCUUUUAUCAUGAUGAGGAGCAGGAGAAGGUUGCGAAGGAGGUGACUAGGUUGGCGAAUGAGCAGUGGUAUAAGGGGGGGAUUAAGACGCAGGUUGCGCCGGCGGGGGUGUGGUGGGAUGCGGAGGCGUAUCAUCAGGCGUAUUUGGAUAAGAACCCGAGUGGGUAUGAAUGUCCUAGUCACUUUCUGAGGACGUUUCCUCCGCUUGAGGGAUGACUCUCUGAUGGUGAGGAUGGGAAAUAGGAAGAAGGGGAGUCGGGAUGGAGGGGAUAAGGGGGUGAAGAGAGGGAGUAGGAUGUAACGAUAUGGAAGGUUUCCUUUUCAUCUUGGGGACAUUACAAUGAUGGAUGGGACGUGUCGGGGUGGUAUGGGGUUCUUCUAUCACGCAUGUAGAGACCUGCUCCGAGGCAACGAAUAGCGCUCAACCGCUUUGAUUUUUAAAACCGUGUGCCACAACGAUUGUGAUCUUGUGAUAUCUGGCUUCACGAUCAGGCUUGGAGGAGGCAAGUAGCAGUUGCAACGUCUAAUUCAAUCAAAGUGGUGAUGUGGUGAUGUGGC